AUGAGUACGGUAGAGUCGGAGUUAAAGCGGCAAAUAGAGGAGUUGAAGGCUCUCACCUUCAAGCUGCAGGAUCGAGUAGAAGCUCUGGAAGCCGGGGUCUAUCACCGUGUGCCUGGGGUUAGUCUUAUGCUACUCAUGGCCAUCGACUCGCUCCAGCGGCAGCUUGGUGAGGUCAGGCGAAGACUGGAUACGCUGGAUUCGGGGUUGGAUGGGUUGAAACGUAAGGUCGAGGAGGCUGAGGUGAUGACCGAAAGCACACUGGUUGAACCGGAGCCAGCCGCGCAGUCGGAGCUGCUCGAGGAGUCGACGAUCUCGAUGGAAGUUCCCCUCAAGAAGCGGCGAGGAAGAGGAAGGAAGUCUGGUGGAGUGAUGGGAGACGAGUUGCUGAGAGUCUGCAAGUUGAUGAUGUUACCUACCAACAGAGAGCCUGAAUCGGAUUUCGCUGAGGUGUGGCUGAGUCGAAGUGUAUACAGGUGCUUCUUCGACCAUCCAUGCUUCCGUAAGAUGGCAGAGGGUGCAUUGUGGGACUUUCAAGUGAGAGACCGCUCGACGGGGGAACGAUUCAAUGUGGAGCAGAAUGAACGGAUAGGAGACAUCAUUCGCUCCGUGGAGGACCCUGAGGUCAUUGCGAUAGAGCGGACAGAGGCUGCUGUGGAACGCGAUGAAUCUCAUGAAUCUGAUAGUUGGACGGACGGGACUAGAUCUGUGGACCCGGGAGAUGGUGGCAACACUGGAGGGGAGGUGGUUCCCUGUAUCGUCCUAGAUGGAAGCUCGGAGGGCUCUGUGGCGGAAGAGUAUGGGGACGACCCUCUUCCUCCGGGUGUCUUAGAUUACUCCGAGAGCUGAAGGAUGAGGUUGAAAAUGCUCAUAAGACUUCUGGCAGUCUGGGGUGGGGGACUUCGGUGUUGCGAAGUCCGCUAGGUUAUAUUUUCCGAUCUAAUGG